CAUUGGAUUGUAUUAAGCAUGAUUUUAGUCAAAGUAUGGAAAGACAAGGCCUCCAGAUGCUAUUUGAGUGGUUUAUAAGUAGUGAUCCACAGGAAUGUACACUUGAAAUUUUGAGAAAAGCUUUGACAAAAUGAUUCGGUGAAAUUGAACAUAACAAACUGUGAUAAUAUGACACCAUUUCUUCAAGCUGUCUCUAGCGGCAACUUCAGAAUAAUGCAGGAAUUCAUUUCUAAAGGAGCAGACGUAAAUGUGGUCGAUGAUAUCGGAAACAAUUGUCUUCACCUUGCGGUGAGGAAAGAGGAGUUCCAUUCUGAGGAUGAAUCCUUAACUGUCUUCGAUAAGUACUACAAGAAGCUCCAGCUUAGCAAAGGAGGCAAGCCUUCAGGUCUAGCAGUGGCUUGUUAUCUGGCCGACAAUGGAAGCAAUUUUUACCACAGAAACGAACAGAAUGUGAUGCCGCUGGAUCUUAUCAAGGAUACAAAUUUAAAGGAAAAAAUUAAAAGACUUUUCCCACCUCCGGUGAAAGUAUUUACUGAAAAUGUCACGAUUGACCAAUGUCUGUUGUGUAAAUCUAGUGAAGCUACAGUGACGUUUCAACCAUGUGAGCACACUGUUACAUGCAAAGAUUGCUGUUCAGAAAAUGAGCCUAAAAAUUGUCCCAAGUGUCAACAAGUUAUAGUUGACAAACGUGGAUUCGAGUCUGUAAAACUGGAGGUGAUGCAUCUCAAUAAGGUGGCAACGAAGUUAGGGAGGGACUGGGAAUUUGUUGGAAGGGAAUUAGGAGUUCCACAAACUGAGCUGGACUUUAUCAUCAAUGACUAUCCAAAAAAUACUAAAGAACAGAUUUUCCAGAUGCUCCACUAUUGGUUCAAGGGAUGUGAUUCAAAGAAACACCCAUUCGAAACACUCAGAAAUGCUCUUAAGUCACGUCAUUGUAAAGAGGCAUUAACAUAUCUAGACUCAGUGAAUUCCCAUGGAAAUGUUUAGUCUCAUGUCAACCAAACAGUGAUCUAUGAUCAAACGCAUUCCAGCCAUGGCCAUCCUGUCUUUAUCCUUCAUGUAGAGGAGCCAGAAAAACAUUGUCCAGUGUAUUCUUCUUUAAGGUGACAAAGUGUGAAUUGUGGUGGAUUUGACUACUACUUCUAGCAGAUUAUCUACCACAAAGAAAUCCCUUUAUUGGAGGUGAUUAUACACUUAAAAAUAAAUCCAAAAUUUUAAAAUCCAAAAAUAAAACUGUGUUAAAAACUCUUGUCUUGUUGGAAAUAAUGACACAACAUUUGUUUAUUUUAAUUCCAUGUGACUGUAGAAAAGCCACAAUGACACCUUCUUUCCAAAUAACAUCGGAUAAUGGGAAUGAACCCUUUUUUCCCUACAAUAUUUCAUACAACUGAACUUUUAUUGCAUUUCAAUUUGCAAUUAAAUUCCAAGACUUUAACAUCAUCAACUCAGAUGACAUCCUAAGUAAAACACACGAAACCUCUGAGAAGGACUUCUUUUUGUCAAUAAAAUCAUGCGAGAGGAAACUCUCCUUUGCAAAAUCAAGCGAAAUGAAACAGGGUUUGGAAUUGUAGUUUUCUGUGAUAAGAGUUGUUCUGAAAUUAAAUAUUUAAAAAAUAUUCAAAUUAGAUCAAAACUCUUUAUUCUGAAAUUAAUAUGUAAUUAAAAAUUAUUUAUGUUAAAA